AUGAGCUCAGAGACAGUUACCCACCAUGGAGGAUGCCACUGUGGGCGAGUCAGAUGGACAGUCGAUGCAUCACAAAGUGUUGUCGCUUGGGACUGCAAUUGCUCCGACUGCGCCAUGAGAGGCAACACCCACUUCAUUGUCCCUUCUAGUAAAUUCAAGCUAAUGGGAGACUCGGAGCGGUUCAUCACCACCUACACCUUUGGAUCCCACACGGCGAAGCACACCUUCUGCAGAGUCUGCGGCAUAACAUCCUUCUACAUUCCCCGCUCAAAUCCAGAUGGCGUUGCGGUGACCUUCCGGUGUGUUGACCCUGGCACACUCUCUCAUGUUGAGAUCAGGCAUUUUGAUGGGAAGAACUGGGAGAGUUCCUUUGAUCAAACCUCCAUAGCAUCAUUUUCCAAGGCAGAUGGGGAGGGUGAUCGUAACUCCCCCAGUUUUUCUGGUAAAUAA